AUGCCUGCUGAUUCAACAUACAUGGCUGAGUCAGUCAAAUCCUAUCCAUUCUCAAUGUCAGAUAGAUCCGCAUUAAAUAAAGAAGAAAUUAUCGUAAAAGACGAUGAAUUAACAUGCGAAGAACAUUGUCAUAACGUAAGUCUCUGGUGCUAUAAUCCCAAAUAUCGCGAAAUUUGCGGACGGGAUGGUUUAUCAUGGGCGAGAAUUGCUCUGUUCUACUUCAUAUGGCUUAUGUUUAUGGCUGGUGUCUUUGCAUCAUUCGUCGGAAUAUUCAUGGCGAUUGUCGAUAAACGCAUUCCGCCCUAUCGGGGAAAUUCGAAUGCAAUCGCUCUAGAUAUAUCACGACCGAAUCCAGGUCUCGGCUUUCGUCCUCAAAUCGGCGUACAAAAAACUUUGAUUAAAUUCCGUUCAUCUCAUCGUGAUUCGUGGGGAUAUCGUCACGGCUGGGGUCCAUAUAAAGAUCAAUUAGAUCAAUUCUUAGCCUACUACACAGAAGCAGAUGUUCAAUAUCAGCAAACGAUCGAUUGCAAGGGCCAGUCGAUCGAUAGUCUCCGUCCAUUAUUUCGCAUCGGCAAAUCAUGUCGGUUCGAUAUAAAUAUGUUCAAUGAACGUCGCACGCCAUGCACAACGCAACGAAACUUUGAGUAUGACCGUGGUCAUCCGUGUGUUCUAUUGAAACUGAAUAAAAUCUACGACUGGGAACCUGUCACAUAUAAAAAUGCUGCUGAAGUACCAGAACAAUUCAAAGCCAUAUGGUCGAGUGAAAUGUCUAAUUACGUUUUGGUUGAAUGUGGUGGAGAAAAUGAUGUUGAUCGCGACUUCAUCUUCGAAAUUGAAUACUAUUCAGAAAUGAACACAACAAAAAUCGGUGGUUUUCAUCGUAAUUUUUAUCCGUAUCUCAAUCAAGAUGGUUACCGAAGUCCGUUAGUUUUUGUGUACUUCAAAAAGAUCGAAACCAACGUUUUGAUCAAUGUGGAAUGUCGUGCCUAUGCACGAAAUAUUAUUAAUGAUGAUAGUAUUGAAUACAAGCGUGGUAGUGUUCAUUUCGAGCUUAUCGUAGAAUGA